AGUCAAGAGUAUCCGAGGCUUUGUUCCGAGUGGAAACGGGAUACUAGUCUGGUUGAAGCCUUUUGGCAGGAGUUGCAAGUCGAGGAAAUGGAGCUGCGUGAGAAUAUCAUUGAUCAGCAGCAAACGCUAGAUCUCAAGGAGAAUGCUACGGCCCAACUUGGAGCUGCUUAUAGAUACUAUACUCGAAGUGCCAGAGACAAAUUCGCCAAAGAUGCCGAUGACUCUGUGGCGAUCAUCAAGAACAGUGCAUCGAGUAGGGUUGAUGAUGCUGGGAAAGAAAUCUUGCCCACACAGAUUGAAACUCGUCAAAAAGGAGCCCAGCAGAAGCAAACAGCGGUACCGAGGCAUGGAUAAGUGCAAAUUCUGGCAUCUAAAGUCAGGUAGAGAUGUCGAGACAGUUCUAUUUGAAGCCAGUCUGGGUGGCGCAGCCACAUUUCGGAUAAGAUCAUAUACUAUUGAUUACGAUUGUCCUUUGACUCGAGCAUUGUUCACAAAUGAAGAAUGGUCAGAGUUGUGUGAGCAGAGGGCAUUCGAUGUACCAGAUCUCUGCAAGACCACGGAACAAUAUCUUGUCUCUCUUCGGAAGGCUCUGAACCGUGGUGAUCAUGUCACCACUGUGCCAAUCCCCAAAACAGACGUUAUAGCUUGUGAAUUGGCCCUAUUGUCUAUAAUUCAGUGGACACAAAUAUACAAGGCAAACCCCUCACCAUUUGAUAAUAUCACAGAGACGUCUGAAGCAUUUUGGUGUCGAGAGGGCUGGCCCCUGCUCCGGAGAAUCCUGGAAACGUUGAUGGGAUUACGAUGAUAGAUGGAGAGAAGGCAACCUAUGAGAGCAAGAACCGCAGGAACAAAGGUCGUCGUCUUGAUGUCGAAGGACAGGCACCGAGGAAGCGAAAGGGCAAGAAUGUCGAUAUGGUGGGUCGAGACAUUCGGGAUCAGAAAGAUUGGUUCAUUGUUG